AGGUGAUGACAUCGUAGUUACUCGUGACGAACUUGUUCAUGUUAUAUGAAUAAAUGUAUAACUGAAGAAAAUAUAACCUGGAAAGAAAUGGAUAUAAGUUUGAUCUUCACAGAGAUAAAAGAAUUGGCUGAAGAGCUGUUGAAAAAUCAGUCGAUUAGAGAUGUAGAAGACGUCAUAGAAAAAUUGUUUGUUAAAGUUACAGCUUUGGAUGAAGUAGUGAGAAACAACACCACGGAUACUCAGGUUGAAGAAUAUGCCAUUAAUUUGUGGAACUGGGCAGUAACCAAAAGACUAGAAUCCUCAAUUAACAAUGAACAAAGGACAAAGUUGCGACAUGUGGCCUGCAAGUUGGUCUCUUUGUGCGAUAAUGCUGAACCGAAUGAAGUGACACUACAAAGACAAAUACUGAUGUUCAUGAAAACUGGGAAAAGCUGGCUGGAUUGUAGGAAACCUUUAUUGGCAGAUGGAUUUCUAGACUUGGCUCUGAAAAGUUUGGAGAUGUUGUAUGCAAGGCUAAUAGCUGGAUAUGAUGGCCAAUCAGAUUUAAAUGUUCUUAAGAAUGAUGUGGAAAAGGACCUUUUCAAAGUGCACUCGUAUCAGGCAGAAUCAGCUGUGACUCAAUGUGAUCAUAUGAAUGCAGUGAAUUGUAUCCAACGCUGUAAAGAUAUGCUGCGCAGAAUACCCAAAGAGACAGGUUAUUUGGCCCUGCUGUGUUACAAUUUUGGAGUAGAUACCUAUCAGCAGAAGAAAUAUGAAGAAAGUGCUUUCUGGUUGAGUCAGAGCUACGACAUUGGAAAAAUAGACAAAAGAUAUUCUCCUGGUUCUCCUGUGCAAGCAAAGGUUUUGCGUUUAUUAGCCAAUGUUUAUCUUGAAUGGGACAUCAAGCAACACCAGGAGAGAGCUCUCAAUGCUGUCAUUCUUGCAAAUCAAGAGAAUCCCCAUCCAGCUGGACUCUUCUUGAAGAUUAAAAUCCUUUUGAAAGGUAUUUUUCCCGAUGCAGUCAUUUCUGCAGGUAACAAUCUGGAGGUUAUUACCUGUGAGUUCCUGAAAUCAGUAUGCUGCUCCUUCGCACUAAAGAUUGAAAGUCUGACUCAGGCACAGGAGCAUAUACAGGUUUGUUGGGACAUUUGGAGAGCACUGAAAUCCACAACAGGAGGUGAUGUCUCAAACGACCCAACGGAAACCCUGUUACUUCUGUAUGAGUUUGAGGCCAGGGCUAAGCUGAAUGAUCCCAAGAUAGAGAAUGUAUUGGAGAAAGUGUUGCAACUUCAAAAGAUAGAGCCCAAAACACUGGAAACCUUGGCAUCAUUAGCCAUGGAAUCUCCUGCUCACUACCCAUCAGUUUGUAAAAAGGCCUUGAAAAUUGCCUUAUCUCUUCAAAAGAAGCAGCCUGAUAAAGAUGUGAUACGAUGCAGCAAAUUGCUCCACAGCCUAGUCCAGAUCUCACUCCCGACAGGAUUAACGGAAAUCGAACCUCGGGUUCUUGAUGAGGUCUGGUGGUACUAUGAGGAAGCACUCGUUAUGAUUGAGAACUCGCAAGAGGAAUACCCAGAGGUGGAAAUGCUUUGGCUGAUGACUCGAGCUUGGAAUACUGGGGCUUCCUUGUAUAGUUUGGGUAAAUAUGCUGAGGCGGAGAAAUGGUGUGGGCUUGGAAUGCGCUUCCUCAAAUAUCUGGGAUCCCUCCAGGCCAGCUAUGAAAGUCAGACGGUGGACAGUUUCCGGGGGAUCAAAAGAAGUGAAGCGGCCACAGUAGUUGGGCGAUCCACACAGUUACCUGUUGUGAAGAGCUGCGAUUAG